AUGCCAAUUUAUGCAGUUUUCCCAAUUCGGGAGAGGUAUUUCUUUCGCGGGAAGGACGCAAAGAGGUGAGGGGAGCCGAAAUCUAUAACCCCUACUCCGUGGGGGGGACCUGUGAACGGAUAGCAGCUUUUGGAAGAUACAGAAAACGCGAGAGAGAGAGAGAGCAAGAGAGAGAGAGAGAGGCAACGGCUUCUUUAUUUACCACACCUGUGAUGCGUUGUUCCCAGCAACGAAGACGCACGACGGGGAUACCGAUGGCCGAUGAACGGGAGGGGUGUACGUGUUAAGGAGAGACUCGGUUGUUGUGAAAAUUAGGCGAAAGUGCUAUUGAAGACACUCUUCGGACCCUAAAAACAAACGAAAAGAAAGAAAGAAAGAAAGAAAACCCAGUCUGCCAGUGCUUCGUUUCUCCUCCACUGCCUUUCGAAACUUCAACGGUGAAGUAGGGGGAAAAAAAGAUGAUGCCCUUACUCCCGGAGCCCUUUGUCCGCUGUACGUUCACUUCUACGUUGUUGAUGCUGUGGCUGAUCUCCGGCUUCACCUGCAUCGGUUCGGAGCAUGCUGCAACAGCAGCGCUUCCUGCUGCCUUCUCGGACCUGUUACCCCACUUCCUGGUGGAGCCGGAGGAUGAGUACAUUGUGAAGAACAAGCCAGUGACCCUGACCUGCCGCUCUACACCUGCCACACAAAUUUAUUUCAAGUGCAAUGGCGAGUGGGUUCACCAGGAUGACCACCUGAUUGAGAGGACUGUGGACCCAGCUACAGCCCUGCCUAUAAUGCAGGUGAAGAUUGACAUCACCAGACAGCAGGUGGAGAAGGUAUUUGGUCUCGACGAGUACUGGUGCCAGUGUGUUGCCUGGAGCACAACCGGAACCCAGAAAAGCCAAAAAGCAUACAUCAGGAUUGCCUACCUGAGAAAGAACUUUGAGGAGGAGCCGCUGGGGAAAGAGGUGGCAUUGGACCAGGAGGUGUUAUUGCGCUGCCAUCCUCCCGAGGGAGUGCCACCCGCUGAGGUGGAGUGGCAGAGAAAUGAGGAUGUGAUCGACCCAGGGAGCGACCCCAAUUUCUUCAUCACGCCUGACCAUAAUCUCAUCAUCAAACAAGCCCGUCUGGCGGACACAGGCAACUACACUUGUGUGGCCAAGAACAUUGUUGCUCGCCGCAAAAGCACUUCUGCCACGGUCCUAGUCUAUGUCAACGGCGGCUGGUCCACAUGGACCACCUGGUCGUCGUGCAGCGCUGUGUGUGGGCGUGGCUGGCAGAAGAGAAGUCGGAGCUGCACCAAUCCCACCCCACUGAAUGGAGGCACGUCUUGUGAGGGGCAGAACAUCCAGAAAAGUGCCUGCGUAGCCACCUGUCCAGUAGAUGGAGGUUGGAGUGAGUGGAGCAAGUGGUCAGCAUGCGGUGCAGACUGCUCUAUGUGGAGGAGCAGGGAGUGUACACAGCCCUCACCUGGCACUGGGGGCAAAGACUGCCAGGGCCUUGAUCUCCAGUCCCUCAACUGCACCAGUGAACAAUGCCCGCAAACAUAUGGAAAUGAUGUUGUCUUUCAGGAUGUCCUGGUAAUGGGGGAGGAGCUGACCUCCGAGCCCUAUUACUGCCAGCUGGAAGCGGAGACUUGCCGUGUUUUCUCUGAGCAGCUUGGCCGCUUUGCCCUGGUGGGAGAGUCUCUUCAUAUGGGUGCCGCCAAGCGCCUGAGGCUGGUGCUCUUCUCUGACGCCUAUUGCUCCACGCUGGAGUACAACAUCAGGGUCUACUGCAUGGAUGACACACAGGACGUCUUCAAGGAGGUGAUGCAAAUGGAGCGGCAGCUCGGGGGUCGGCUGAUCGACGAGCCUCACGUCCUCCUUUUCAAAGACAGCUACCACAACCUGCGUCUGUCCAUCCACGACAUGCCUCAGGCCCACUGGAGGAGCAAGCUGCUAGCCGGCUACCAGGAGAUCCCGUUCUACCACAUCUGGAACGGUUCCCAGCGGUACCUGCACUGCACGUUCACUCUUGAGCGGCUCAGCCUCAGCACCUGUGAGCUCACCUGCCAGCUGUGCGUGUGGCAGGUGGAGGGGGAGGGACAGAGCUUUAGCCUCGACUUCAACAUUGCCAAGGAUGCUAGAGCCCUGGACUCUGAGUUUUUGUUGAUGGACAGUAGUGCCACAGCCCUGGCGGGGCCCAGCGCCUUCCAGAUCCCAUAUCUCAUCAGGCAGAAGAUCUGCAGCAGCCUGGAUGCCCCAUGCCCAAAUGGAGCCGACUGGAGAAUGCUAGCGCAAAGACUCAAACUUGAGAGACACAUGAGUUUCUUUGCAUCCAAAGCGAGCCCGACGUCUGUGAUUCUGGACCUGUGGGAGGCGCAGCACUUCCACAGCGGGAACAUCAACCAGCUGGCCACCGUCAUGGCUGACAUCGGUAAACAGGAAGCCAUGAUCUUUUUGGUUUCUGAUGGUGAAUGCUAGCCCAGAUAAGGAGAGACUGGUGUAGGUUAAAGUACAGUACACGACAAAUAAACAAAACAUCGAGAAAAAACGGACGGGGGGAGGACGGAGGAGCGGCACUCUUCCUAUCUGUUUCCCCCUGUACUUGACAUAAGAGUUUAACACCUGAGAAUUGGGGUUCAUGCAGGUUCAAGUCUCUCUGUCCAUUAUGAGAAGAGAAGCAUAAUAUCUUCAUAUGGCAGAUCAACAAGGGAAGAAUUAGGGUUAUCUGGUUAAUAUAUAUUCAUAAAAGCAGCACAACACAAGUGCAUGGAAAACAACCCUUUAUGUUUAACCAAAUAAAAAGGUUUUGUUUUUGUUUUAUUUUAAUUCUUUAUUUGGAGCAAUGAGAGAUUAAGUUACUCCAAGCCCUUGGUUAUACUCGAGGCUUAAGAUUAACAUCAUAUUAAGAUGCAUUUUUAAGAAACUGGUUAUAUAUGGCCAAUAAGGAGCAAUAUGCAAGAAUAUUAGUGAA